CCUAGAUGAAACCGAGGCUGUGAAGACGGAUAGCAUCUUGAAUAUUGAAUAUGAAAUCAUGGGUGAUAGAGCCGUCGGUGCCCAUAUACCUGUGAAUAUAAAACCUGACGGCAAAGGUGAGCUAUUGUUUAAGAUCGCGCUCGCCUUACAGCGACCGGUGCUUGAUCCUUGUCUGGCGGUUGGAUUUCUUCCCUUCACUUCUGAUUGCCUGAGAGUUGGACAGCUAGUCCUUAUGAGAUGGAGACUCGAAAGAUUGAAAUAUCCAGAGGAAACUCCAUCUUUGGCCAAAGAUGAGCUAUUCUAUGAAGUAGAUGCUAAUCCAGAGAACUGGAUGAUUGCUGGGAGGAAACGGGGGCAUGUAUCUUUGGCUUUAACACAAGGUUCAAGGGUAGUUAUCACAGUGAGUUGCUUGCCUCUUGUCUCUGGUUAUGUUCAUCCUCCCCAGCUCGGACUUCCUGGUGUCUCUGAAUCCAACAUAAGCUGCAAUCCUGCUGGGCCCCACCUAGUCUGUAUAUUGCCUCCAACUUUGAGUUCUUCCUUCUGUGUUCCAGCUUGAUGUUCUGACCAAUACAGAAUCCUUAAAUCUACUUCAAAUUCCUCUUGUCUGCUGGAUUAGAUCUGGAUUCUUCUGGUUCAGUUUCCUGUUGUUUUGUUUCGUAAAAAGCUGUUAUGAACCGGAGAAAUCUAAUGAAAAUAGAGGAAGCAGAGAACAUUUGAAAUUUUAUUUAUGAAAUUCAAGAAUUUUUGUUUUAGCCCGCCCAAUGUAAAGAUUAAGAAGAUAGAAAGAUUGUUCGAUUUAUGUUUAAGAGAUAAUGCAGGAGAUGAGUCUUGUAUUUAACAAAGUGAAAUUCUGUAUAUCAUUCUGAAGUUCACAUUUGUCACAAUUCUUUAGUGAAGUUCACAGUAUCAUUCAGACCUUCCAAAGCACAUUA